UUUCUCAAUAUGGAAGCAGGAUAACCAGGAAAGGUGAGGCACGUCUGGAACUAGAACGCGGGUCUAAGCCAAGAGGGGUGGGCGGAGUAAUCAAGCCGGUCUCAUUCGGCACUUUAACCAUCGCCCUUUUAAGGGGGAGCCGAGGGACACCAGCGGGUACCGGUACCAGUCCUGCCUCCCUAACCCGUCCCAGUGGGACGGCGUCGUGGUCUGUGCGGUGUCUUCCAAACCACUACCUGGCUGCCCGCGUACCAGCUGCUGGGAAAGACUACUUCCUCCGAGUUGUGCCGGCCUCCGCGUUCUUCUCCCGUCCCCUCUCGCCGGGCCUCCGCCCCCUCGCGGAGAAGCCUUGCCGCUUUAAGAGCCGGGCUAGCGAUUGACAAGCAAUAAACGGUGAGCGCCCGGCUGCGCUGGAGCUGCGCGGAGCUAGGGGCUCCCCGGGGCGCAGGAGAGACGUUUCAGAGUCCUUGCCUCCUUCACCAUGCCGGUUGCCGCCACCAACUCUGAGUCUGCCAUGCAGCAAGUCCUGGACAACUUGGGAUCCCUCCCGAAUGCCACGGGGGCUGCAGAGCUGGACCUGAUCUUCCUUCGAGGCAUUAUGGAAAGUCCCAUAGUAAGAUCCCUGGCCAAGGCCCAUGAGAGGCUGGAGGAGACGAAGCUGGAGGCUGUGAGAGACAACAACCUGGAGCUGGUGCAGGAGAUCCUGCGGGACCUGGCACAGCUGGCUGAGCAGAGCAGCACUGCUGCCGAGCUGGCCCACAUCCUCCAGGAGCCCCACUUCCAGUCCCUCCUGGAGACGCAUGACUCUGUGGCCUCAAAGACCUAUGAGACACCACCCCCCAGCCCUGGCCUGGACCCUACAUUCAGCAACCAGCCCGUACCUCCCGACGCCGUGCGCAUGGUGGGCAUCCGAAAGACAGCCGGAGAACAUCUGGGUGUAACGUUCCGCGUGGAGGGCGGCGAGCUGGUGAUCGCACGCAUUCUGCAUGGGGGCAUGGUGGCUCAGCAAGGCCUGCUGCAUGUGGGUGACAUCAUCAAGGAGGUGAACGGGCAGCCAGUGGGCAGUGACCCCCGUGCACUGCAGGAGCUCCUGCGCAAUGCCAGUGGCAGCGUCAUCCUCAAGAUCCUGCCCAGCUACCAGGAGCCCCAUCUGCCCCGCCAGGUAUUUGUGAAAUGUCACUUUGACUAUGACCCGGCCCGAGACAGCCUCAUCCCCUGCAAGGAAGCAGGCCUGCGCUUCAACGCUGGGGACUUGCUCCAGAUCGUAAACCAGGACGAUGCCAACUGGUGGCAGGCAUGCCAUGUUGAAGGGGGCAGUGCUGGGCUCAUCCCCAGCCAGCUGCUGGAGGAGAAGCGGAAAGCAUUUGUCAAGAGGGACCUGGAGCUGACACCAAACUCAGGGACCCUAUGCGGCAGCCUUUCAGGAAAGAAAAAGAAGCGAAUGAUGUAUUUGACCACCAAGAAUGCAGAGUUUGACCGUCAUGAGCUGCUCAUUUAUGAGGAGGUGGCCCGCAUGCCCCCGUUCCGCCGGAAAACCCUGGUGCUGAUUGGGGCUCAGGGCGUGGGACGGCGCAGCCUGAAGAACAAGCUCAUCAUGUGGGAUCCAGAUCGCUAUGGCACCACGGUGCCCUACACCUCCCGGCGGCCCAAAGACUCAGAGCGGGAAGGUCAGGGUUACAGCUUUGUGUCCCGUGGGGAGAUGGAGGCUGACAUCCGUGCUGGGCGCUACCUGGAACAUGGCGAAUACGAGGGCAACCUGUAUGGCACACGUAUUGACUCCAUCCGGGGCGUGGUCGCUGCUGGGAAGGUGUGCGUGCUGGAUGUCAACCCUCAGGCGGUGAAGGUGCUACGAACGGCCGAGUUUGUCCCUUACGUGGUGUUCAUCGAGGCCCCAGACUUCGAGACCCUGCGGGCCAUGAACAGGGCCGCGCUGGAGAGUGGAGUGUCCACCAAGCAGCUCACGGAGGCGGACCUGAGACGGACAGUGGAGGAGAGCAGCCGCAUCCAGAGGGGCUACGGGCACUACUUUGACCUCUGCCUGGUCAAUAGCAACCUGGAGAGGACCUUCCGCGAGCUCCAGGCGGCCAUGGAGAAGCUACGGACAGAGCCCCAGUGGGUGCCUGUCAGCUGGGUGUACUGAGCCUGUUCACCUGGUCCUCAGCCCACUCUGUGUUGAAACCCAGAACCUGAAUCCAUCCCAUUCCUGACCUGUGACCCCCUGCCACAAUCCUUAGCCCCUAUAUCUGGCUCUCCUUGGGUAAUGGCUCCCAGCAGGCCCUAAGUCUGGCUUCAGCGCAGAGGCGUGCACUGCCAGGGAGGUGGGCAUUCAUGGGGUACCCUGUGCCCAGGUGCUGCCCACUCCCAAUGCCCAUUGGCCACCAGAUAUCUCUGAGGGCCGAGCCAUGCCCAAGAAUGUGUCAGAGUCACCUCCAUAAUGGUCAGUACAGAGAAGAUAAAAGCUGCUUUGGGACCACAUGGUCAGUAGGUACACUGCCCCUUGCCACCCCUCCCCAGUCACACUCCUCUGGACUGGCCACACCCACCCCAUUCCUGGACUCCUUCCACCUCUUACCUCUGUGUCGCAGGAGCAGGCCUUGGGCUGUUUCCAUGUGGCCAGGGGAAUGCAUGUCCCACUGGCAGCCAGACAGGCCUGGGUGGUGGUGCCAGCCUGGUGCCAUCUUGAAGGCUGGAGGAGUCAGAGUGAGAGCCAGUGGCCACAGCUGCAGAGCACUGUAGCUCCCAGCUCCCUCAGAAAGGGGCAGGGUCACAGGGCAGAUGCUGCUCGGUCCCUCCCUCAUCCACAGCUUCUCACUGCCGAAGUUUUUCCAGAUUUUUCCAAUGUGUCCUGACAUGUCAGCCCUGCUCCCCACAGGGCCAAGCUGGCAGGGGUCAGUGGGCUCAGCCCAGGUAGGCGCGGGAUGGAGGGCUGAGCCCUGUGACAACCUGCUGCUACCAACUGAAGAGCCCCAAGCUCUCCAUGGCCCACAGCAGGCACAGGUCUGGGUUCUGUGUCCUUGACCUUGGUCCAUUUUGGUUUUUUCUCUAGCCAGGUCCAGGUAACCCACUUGCGUCAGGGCUGCCGGGUUGGAGGGGCUGAGGAGGAGUUCAGAGGGGACCUUGGGAGCCUGGGCUUGAAGGACAGUUGCCCACCAGGAGGUUCCUCACACACAACUCCAGGGGGCGCCAUUUACACUGUAGUCUGCACAGCCUGUGGUUCCAUGUGCAUGCUUGGCGCCUGUCUGUGCCUCUGGCACUGGGGUGUGUGUAUAUGUAUGUGCGUGUGUGUGUGUGUGUGUGUGUGUCAGGUUUAGUUUGGCGAGGAAGCAAAGGAUUGUUUUGUUUUGGAGGUCUCUCUUUGGGGCCCCUUUCUGGGGGUUCCCCAUCAGCCCUCAUUUCUUAUAAUACCCUGAUCCCAGACUCCGAAGCCCUGGUCCUUUCCUGAUGUUUUCUCCCUUGUCCUAUUGUCCCUCUACCCUAAAUGCCCUCCUGCCGUAACUUGGGGAGGGCAGUUUUGUAAAAUAGGAGACUCCCUUUAAGAAUGCUGUCCUAGAUGUAUUUGGGCAUCUCAUCCUUCAUUGUUCUCUGCAUUCCUUCCGGGGUGAGCCUGUCCUCAGAGGAGACAACCUGGGACACCCCAAGUCCAAACCCCUGUGCCUCCCAGUUCUUCCAAGUGUCUAACUAGUCUUCUCUGCAGCGUCAGCCAAAGCUGGCCCCUGAACCACUGUGUGCCCAUUUCCUAGGGAAGGGGAAGGAGAAUAAACAGAAUAUUUAUUACAAAUGUUAGAAUAUAUUUCUUAUACUAGGAAUCUCAUUUGCAUUUGCAUAGAGUAUACACAUGGGGUGGAAAGGCCAGGCCUGCCCCAUCUCGUUGGUGUGCCUCUGCAUAUACUACGCACUCAUCUUCCUGCUCCUCUUUUCCCUUGAUCAGUGUCCUUUCAUCCUAGUUCAGCUGUCCCUUGCAUCACCCUCAGCCUAAGAGAGUGGGAAGGAAAUGGGGUGUUUUCCUGCUGACUUGAGGCUAUGGGGUCACUUGCCACUUCCUACCUUCCCUGGGGGACUUGAGGGUAGAGGCGACUUGAGGGUAGAGGCAGGGGAAGAUUUGUUGUUGCAGCUGCCUCUGCCCCCUUGGUCCAAAUGACCAUCAUCUCUGAUGGAGAUGGGUUGGGUACCUGGCCCUCAUGGCACCCUCACUGCUAGUGAUGCCAAGGGGCAGGCCUGGAGCCCUUCCCUCCUGUCUCUUCUCAGUCCUUCCUCUCUGAACAGCCUCCUACCUCCCCUGCCUGAGCCCCACUCCACAGCCCUCCCAGGUACCUAUCAAGUGGGAGCAGAGGCUGUCAGUCCUUGGCUCACCUGGGACAGGGCUGGGGCUGGGUUGGAACAGGUGUGUGUGCCCACCACAUUAGCUCUGUGACUCUUCUCCCUCCCUGCCAUUGUGGACUCUUAUAUUUGAGGGACCUCAGGAGAGUGAGGACCCUACCAUCCACUGUCCAUGUUCAGUCCCAGCCCCAGUGCCCUUCCUCUGUCCCCUCCCUCAGCCAUCCAAUUCUUGAGUUUUCUCACUGACUGGUUUUUUCUUUUCCUUGGAUUAAAUGUGAAAGCAAAG